UAUUUCCGGGUGUAGCAGCACGCGCUGGAGGUAACUCUCGGUCAUUGCGCUUGGCAAGCAGAAACUCAGCAGUCGAUCCGGCUGUGGAGGGAAGAGACUAAACGCCGGUUGCACAUUUUGGAACCACAUAUUGGACACUUCCCCAGUCUUUCUGAAGUCCUCCGAUCCUCAGUUGAGCACAGAACAACAAACUUACUCUACCUCAGGCUUGGCCUGAUCCCUUCAUCUUUCAGUCCCCUUCAGCUUCUCAGCAUGGACCUGAGUACCGUUCUCUUGUUCCCCGUACACACAGUGGUGUGGUUGUACUCCAUCUUAAGCUUUCUGCCAUGGUACUUCCUGACUGGAGCCCAGCAAAAGAAAGUCCUGGCAAAGAGGCUCAAAUCCAAGUCGACGACCGGUCAGGCGGAUGGACCGUAUCGUUCGGUGGAUCACUUCGACUCCCUGGUAACUGUGGACUUUCCUGGAAAAGACACUCUUGAUAAGCUGUUUGACUAUGCCGUGCAGCGCUUCGGUAAAGCGGACUGCCUGGGAACCCGAGAAGUUCUGAGUGAAGAAAAUGAGCCUCAACCGAAUGGGAAAGUUUUCAAAAAGUUAAUUCUGGGUGAUUAUAAAUGGCUGUCCUAUGAGGAGAUGGACACUGUGGUCAGUCAGUUUGGGAGUGGACUGACAGCGCUAGGCCAACAGCCAAAACACACCAUCGCAAUUUUCUGUGAGACGCGGCCAGAGUGGAUGAUCACAGCUCAGGCCUGCUUCAGACGCAAUUUCCCAUUGGUCACCUUCUAUGCGACUCUAGGAGAAGAGGCAGUGACUUUCGGAUUGAAUGAGUGUGGAGUUACACACCUGGUCACCAGUAUAGAACUGCUGGAAACCAAACUGAAGAGUGUUCUUCCUCAAAUGCCCAAUCUGAAGCACAUCAUCUAUGUGGACAAGAAGGGCAUCAACACAGCAGGAUAUCCACAAGGCAUCCAGAUCCACAGCAUGGACUCUGUGCAAGAGCUGGGAGCCAAGCCAGAAAACCUGAACAGACCAAUAGUGAAGCCCGUCCCAUCAGACCUCGCUGUUAUUAUGUACACCAGCGGCUCCACUGGGAGACCUAAAGGGGUGAUGAUCAUCCACAGUAACCUGAUUGCUGGAAUGGCAGGCCAGUGUGAAAAGAUACCUGGAUUGGGACCAAAGGAUACGUAUAUUGCAUAUCUUCCUCUUGCUCAUGUCCUGGAAAUGACGGCUGAGAUCUCAUGUGUGACAUACGGCUGCAGGAUCGGCUAUUCCACACCACAAACGCUGUCUGAUCAGUCAACCAAAAUUAAGAAGGGAAGUAAAGGUGACUGCAGUGUGCUGAAACCUACUCUAAUGGCAGCCGUACCUGAAAUAAUGGACCGGAUCAAUAAGAACGUGAUGAGUAAGGUGCAGGAGAUGACCUGGGUUCAGAGAACCCUGUUCAAACUGGCUUAUGACUACAAGCUCGAGCAGAUCAAGAAGGGUUACGAUGCGCCCCUGUGCAAUAUUUUCUUUAAGAAAGUCAGGUCUUUGCUGGGUGGGAAUGUGCGUAUGAUGCUGUCUGGAGGAGCUCCUCUGUCUACCGCCACUCAGCGCUUCAUGAACAUCUGUUUCUGCUGUCCUGUUGGUCAGGGAUACGGUCUUACUGAGACCUGUGGCGCAGGCACUAUAACUGAAGUUGCAGACUACAGCACAGGACGAGUAGGUUCUCCUCUGAUCUGCUGUGAGCUCAAACUCAAAGACUGGGCUGAAGGUGGCUAUACAAAGCACGACAAGCCUCAUCCACGUGGUGAGAUCCUCAUCGGAGGUCCUAAUGUAACCAUGGGCUAUUACAGGAGUGAGAGCUGUAAUAACGACGACUUCUAUGUGGAUCAGAACGGACAGCGGUGGUUCUGCACUGGUGAUGUAGGGGAGAUGCACCCUGACGGCUGUCUUCAGAUUGUUGAUCGCAAGAAGGACCUUGUAAAACUUCAAGCUGGGGAUUACGUCUCUUUAGGUAAAGUUGAGUCGGCUUUGAAAAACUGCUCUCUCAUCGACAACAUCUGCGCUUACGCAAACAGUGACCAGAACUAUGUUAUCAGCUUCAUAGUUCCUAAUCAGAAGAAGCUGACAGCUUUUGCCAAUCAGAAGGGCAUUGAAGGCACAUGGGAAGAGAUUUGCAACCACCCGGUUAUGGAAAGGGAAGUUCUGAGAGAAAUUAAAGAAGUCGCAACUUCAAUUAAACUCCAGCGCUUUGAAAUACCAGUCAUGGUCCAUCUGAGUCCAGAGCCUUGGACCCCUGAAACGGGCCUGGUGACGGACGCAUUCAAACUGAAGAGGAAGGAACUGAAGAACCACUAUCUCAAUGAUAUCGAAAGAAUGUAUGGCCACAAGUAGGACCUUUAUCACAGCCAAAGACAUCUUCAUCAGUUCCUCACCGUGCAACAUUGCUGUAUAUCAAUAAAUGUUAAAAAACACACAUUUUGCCACAGCUUUCACCACUGCCCGUUGUUUAGUGAUACACACAAGGAUGAACAAUGUUGACAAGCCGUUGGUCCGAAUUUUUAUUCUUGAGCUUUGUGGGAUUUCGUUCAGAGCUCUGUUGUCUCUGCUGUGAAAUAGUUUACAAUUAGAGUUGUAGAUGAGAUUGAGAACUGUUGGACAAGGGACGAUAUUCAUCUUAUCCAGCAUGAAGUAUCCACUAAUUUAUCAUUUUAGUAUACAAAAGGAGUCUCUUGUAAAGAGGAUUUCAACCAUACAACAGCGAUAUACUGCCAUCACCUCGUGCUUUUUUUUUCCCAAUAGGUGUGAAAUUUCUUUUUCUUUGUGAAAACAAAAUGUUAAUUUUCCUUGGUUUGAUAGUAAAACUGUAACCGCUAGCUGAGGUGAAGUAAUUGCACUGCAGAAUUGAGCCUCCUUUUAGAGGCAACAAGUAUAGUGAUGUUUCUGUGCCUUCUGAUUGGUCACUAUUUUAAGCGUUUACUUUUUAUUGGCUGUAAAUUUUAAUUCUAUUCUGCGUGUUCCAUCCAUGCAAUGCAUUAUUGUCUUCAUAAUGGUUUACAAACCAUGUUCUUUGCUGUUUACUAGUGAGACAUGUUGUUGUUAUUCACAUAUUUGUUUAUGGAAUGACUCAGGGCAGGUUGAAAUGACCAGGAAGUGGUUGUGUUUCUUAUUUGGGCUGAAUUUAAAGGAAGGGAUUUCUUCUUCUUUUUUUUCUUUUUCUUUUUGGAAUAACGUUCCCCUCUAAUGCCACAGUGUCAAGUUUGUAUUGCAUCUGUGUCAUUUUUUUAAACCACUCAUUUUUUUAUGCUAACAGUGUCUGAUUGUCACAAACUCUUGUCUCUUUCAAAUUCCGCUUCUGCAGGCUUUUACUAUAUUUGGUAAUGUCAUUAAACCACUUGUCAAUACUUAAUGCAUAAAGUUUUUAAAUUAUGCGCCAGAAUAUGAAUCUUGCCAAUAAUAUUGUGUUCUGUAUAUUAAUUUAUUUGGUUCAAAUUGUACAUUUCAUUUUCACCCUUGUUAAUUUAUUUUUGUUUUAUUUUGAAAGUAUGAUUUGUACUGGUAUUGUAAUCGGUCACAUCUUUGCUUGUUUUAUUCAAGGAGGUGUAUUUUAAUUAUAAUCAUUUUGUCAUUUGCACUGUUCUUUUUGUCAGGGAGUUUUAGCCAUUGUUAAAUUAAUAGCCAUUAAUCAAAAAAAAGUCCAGCAGUUACUACUACCCUUCUGAAAUGAUCUUUCCUCCACGGCCUUCAUGGUUCCUAUCACCACCAUAAGCAAAACUAUACAGCAGUCAAGUAUUUGCAUUGAGAAAUUGUAAAUUUGCUUGUAGAAUGUUUUAUGAUGCUUAUUUAUUAUUUGUCACUGUAUGUAAUAUUCACUGGGGACAAGUAAAAUUGUUUUCUACUCA